AUGCGCCCGAUCCUCCUCAAAGGCCACGAGCGCCCGCUGACGUUCAUCAAGUACAACAGAGACGGCGACCUCCUCUUCACGUGCGCGAAGGAUCACCACCCGACGCUGUGGUACGCGGACGACGGCGAGCGCGUCGGGACGUACGUCGGACACAAUGGCGCGGUGUGGACGUGCGACGUCACGCACGACUCGAGAACGCUCGUUACGGGCAGCGCGGACACCACGUGCAAGAUGUGGGACGUCGAGACUGGCACGUGCUACUUCACGCAUCAGGCGCGUUCUAUACACUGGUUCCCAUACGACCACUUCGAUCAACCCGCGCGAGCGGUCGCGCUCGCGCAGGGCGACGAGAAGAUGUGCAUCUCCACGGACCCCUUCAUGGGCGUCCCCGCUCGCGUUCACAUCGUGAACGUCGCGGCGAACCGCGAGGAGCAGACGAACGAGAUCGUCGCGUCCUUCGGAGACGGCGUCGAGGGACGAAUCAACCGCGCGCUCUGGGGCCCUCUGAACGAGACCAUCCUCACCGGCGGCGAGGACGGCGUCAUCCGCGCGUGGGACGUGGAGACAGGGAAGAUCAAGCUCGAGGCGAGGGACCACAAGAAGCAGAUCCAGCACUUGUGUUUGAGCGAGGACAAGACGCACUUCGUCAGCGCGUCGCUGGAUAAGACGGCGAAGCUGUUCGACUCGGAGACGCUGGAGUGCCUGAAGACGUACGUCGCGGACCGGCCGGUGAACGCGGCGAUCAUCUCGCCGAUUCUCGAUCACAUCGUCCUCGGCGGCGGGCAGGACGCGAUGGCGGUGACGACGACGAGCUCGAAGGCGGGGAAGUUUGACUCGAAGAUUUACUUCAAGGUGUACGAGGAAGAGAUCGGGAGCAUCCGCGGGCACUUCGGGCCGGUGAACGCGCUCGCGUUUAACCCGGACGGACGGUCGUUCACGACCGGCGGCGAGGACGGGUACUCGCGCGUGCAUCACCUCGACAACGAUUACUUUCGCAUUCGCUGA